AUGAAAAUCACAUGGUCCGUAUAGAAUCUAGUUGUUAUGGAAACUGAAUCAACUCCAAGUGCUGCGUGAUGCGAUAUGCAUGAUGAGCUCCAGCUCUGCAGGAAUUGCUUUAUGUGAGCCAACUCAGCUCUACAACAUCCUCACACAGUGCACAAAAAAUCCUGCAGUUUUAUCUCAAACAUAUCUUACUUUGUUUGAUGCUCGUGAUGUGGCAGAUUACAAUGAAGCACAUGUAGUGAUCUCGAAAGCUUCCAAGAGGGAUACCAAAGGACAUUACAGAGUACCGGUUGGUGUGCACCUUCCUUCGUGCCUCAACUGUAUCGUUUAUGACAGCAACACAGUUUCUGUGGUAGAAGAUACGCCAGCGGUACAUUUGGCCAAUGUGUUGGCAUGCAGUGGAUCCAAAUAUACUGUGAUGAUACUAAAAGGAGGCUAUGAGAGAUUCUCCGCUGAGUACCCCUUCCUGAGAACGCAGAAGAUCAUGUACACUGACAUAGAGCUUCUAUCACUUCCCCGCUACCCAAGUGAAAUCCUUCCUUUGUUCCUCUACCUUGGUGACAGACACCAUGCGUACAAUGCGUCCCUGAAUUAUGAUUUAAAGAUCCAUGUACAUUUGAGUUUGGGUAGUAAAUUGUAUCCUGCCUUUCCCGAGGGAGUUACUGAGCUUCACCUCGAUGUGGACGACCAACCUGAUCAAGAUCUUCUCUCAAAGUUUGAGGAAAUUUAUGAGUUCCUGGAAACUCAGAGAAAGAAAAGUGACCGUGUGUUGGUGUUCAGUGAGUUAGGGAUCAGUAGAGGAGCUACUGUAAUCAUUGCGUAUCUCAUGAAAAGACAAAAGUGGUCCCUAAAGGAGGCUUUCUGUCAUGUGCAGAAGUGUCGACACCACAUACGACCACUGACAUGCUUCCUUGAGCAACUAUCACAAUGGGAGACCCAGGUGCUAGGAGAGUUGAUCACUGAUAUUCACAAACUUUAUAGCUAGCUAAUUAUUAGUAAUUGCAAGUCAUAACAAUUAUAAACAUUAUUAUAGUAAGAGGAAUCGGAGGGAUAUUAAUCAUUGCCUG